AUGGAGCAGAGAACUGCUCCCGAGUUCAUACUCGAGGCCUUUGCCGACCCGAACUCUGUUCGUGAUGUCGUCCGGGGCAUCCUCCACACGAUAUUCUUCCACCGCUUCUUCCCCUCCAUCGUGCCCCGCACCCGCGAGGUCCUCGACCUGACCCUCCCCUACAUCGAGGACGGCGAGCUCGAGACUAUGAUCGACCAGCGCGCGGCCGCCCUCGUACGCCAGCUCGACGCCGAGAGGGCCCAGGCAAACACGGGAGGUGCAGGCGGCGGAGGCGGAGGCGGAGGCGGCGGCGGUGGUGGGCGGGGACAGAUAUCGGUGCAGUUCUUCGAGAAGAAACGCCGUAAGGCAUGGUAUGCCAUGCGCGGCGACGAGGAGAUCUGCUGGGAGUGCUGGACGGUCAAGGUGACGGUCGCCGAGCCGCGGACAGAGAGCGAGCGAGCCAAAGUUCGAAAGGCGAUGGAGUCGACGCUCCUGACCACCGUCAUGAAGAUUGUCACCUCUGUCAACGCCCACAAGGACCACAUCCCGCCGAUCACGACCACGGAAGCUAAUCCCUUCCCGUAUCAGAUCAGUGUCAACCAGAAGGAGUCUGGCUGGGCGACUAGGAUGGGUAUCUACUAG